AUAUCAUAGAACAGAAUGUGAUGAAUGCCACGAAAAUGAAGAAGUCAAGCUGAAUAAUGAAUCAAAAUUGAGGUGUUGGAUUAUGACAUCCAUUGUGAAAAGUUGUGAGCAGCUUGUGAACAUUCAACAUUCAACAUUCAACAUUAAACAUUAGAACACAGGAUUCAGAAAUGGAGCAAGCUGUUUGUUCUUUCCUUCAGGUCUAGGUUUAGCCUUCUAGAUUCAUAAUGUAUGGGUUUACAUAAAGGUAGAUGAAUGCAAUUAUUGAAGGCCUAUCAUAAAGACAACACUCUCUUAUCCUUACUACUGAGCCAUCUAAAGAACAUAACCAAAGUCUUCAAGCCUAACAGAUGAAUGCCUUUAAUAGUGGUACCCAAAUGCACUAGAGUCCAUUGGCAUUUUUUGUUCAUCUCAAAUAAAUGAUUAAUGAAAUAGACAGGAAUAGUAAGCGGUUCAAAAGCAGGGGAAGGGGGAAUGGAUUGAGUCACUGAGUGAUGGUGACAUUUCCACGUGAAAGAAGAAAGAAGAAGGAAGAAAGAAGAAAGAAGAAAGAAGAGGAAAGAAGGGCGGAUGGCUUGAAAAUUCUGGCACAGCGACUUCCCUAAGGUUUCUAGACACUUGAUAUUUAAUUAUUCUAUUUCUUUUUUAAAGAAGAUCCAAAUUUGAUUUUGACAUCUAUAUUUUUAAAUUAUGUGAUUCUAUUAACGUAUUGCCACGUCAUGCUGACACCGUGGCGACUGCAAAAUUUGAGGAGCGGAUGAUUUCAGGCUAUCAUUCCCAAUCUUCCCCUGCAAUUUUCCCACCUAUUUCCCCUUAUAAAUUUUUCCCUCCCUCCCACCCAACCAUUCUUUCCAAUUUUCUCUGCUCUUCGGUUUUUCCAUCGUAUUUUCUCUUACCAUUUCUCCACCUUCCACACACCCACAACAAAUAGAGGAUGCCAAUAGAGAUGCCCAGAGGCCUACCAUUCUCAGUGGACACAUGGACUCCAUCUUCAAAGAAAAAGAGGCACCAUUUUCUCACUCAUGCCCACAAAGACCACUCCUCUGGCAUCUCCACCCACUCUGCAUAUCCAAUUUACUCUACCCACCUCACCAAAACCCUAAUUCUUCAACAAUAUCCCCAGCUUGAUGAUUCAUUGUUUGUGGGUAUCGAGGUGGGACAGUCGAUGGUUGUUGACGACCCGGAUGGCAGAUUUGGGGUCACGGCUUUUGAUGCCAAUCACUGCCCUGGAGCUGUAAUGUUCUUGUUUGAAGGCGAUUUCGGUAACAUCCUGCACACAGGAGAUUGCAGACUCAUCCCUGAGUGUUUGCAAAACUUACCACAGAAGUAUGUAACCAAGAAAGGAAAAGAGCCAAAGUGUCAGUUUGAUUAUGUUUUCCUAGACUGCACGUUUGGGAGAUCUUCUCUGCAUAUCCCCAGCAAGCAUUUGGCUAUCCAACAGGUUAUCAAUUGUAUAUGGAAGCACCCUGAUGCCCCUAUCGUGUAUCUGUGCAGCGAUAUGCUAGGUCAGGAAGAGAUUCUUAUCAAUGUGUCCAGAAUAUUUGGGUCCAAGAUAUUUGUUGAUAAAGCCAACAAUCCUGAAUGUUUCCAAGCUUUGACACAUAUGGUUCCUGAAAUUCUCUCUCAAGAUCCAUCUUCCCGCUUCCAAGUAUUUGAAGGAUUUCCUAAGCUUUGUGAAAGAGCACAAGCAAAGCUUGCAGAGGCUCAAGCUAAUUCCCUACCUGAGCCUCUCAUUAUCCGCCCUUCAGCACAAUGGUAUGCAUGUGAGGAAGACUUACCAAAGACUGAAAGGCGAAAAAAGGAGAGCUUUAAUGAAGCUGUAAGAGACCAGUUUGGCAUUUGGCAUGUCUGUUACUCAAUUCAUUCAUCUAGGCAAGAAUUAGAGUGGGCUCUGCAGCUUCUUGCACCCAAACGGGUUGUAUCAACUACUCCCAGUUGCCGAGCUAUGGAGCUGAAUUAUGUGAAAAAACAUUGCUUUAGCAGUCACAUAACUUCCAGUGACCCUCUCUGGAAACUUCUAGACAUUGGUGUGGAAGCUUGUUCAAAUCUGGAUGCAUCGGUUAAAGUUGUAGGUUGUUCACCUAUGAUGGAAGGUUCCAGCAAAACUUGUGCAGAAUCUCAACUGCAACUGGUAAAAAUAUCUGCUGCUACCCAGAAAGAACAGUUAGAUUUGUCUACUCCAAGUGAAAGGCCACCUCUCACACUAUUUGGAAAAGCUAGAUUUGGUUUCCAAGAUUCUACUUUUCAGCAUGAACAGGAGAAAACAAUGGUCAUGAAAUCUGAUCCUCAACAAAUAGUAACUAAUAGAGCAGAAAAUGAAUCCUCAAGCCAGGAUGUUGAAUUGGAAUGUGAGAAUUCCUUGGAGAAAAAAAUAGAGGUAGAUGUUACUGAAGUACCAAGUGAAAAGUUAGUGGAGAAAGAAACUGAAGUUUGCAAGAUUGCUUCUCAGGCCCCCAUCAUAUUGUCAAGGGGCUUUAAUGAAAGCUUGAGAAAUUUGUACAGGUCAAUGAAUGUGUCUGUGCCUCAGCCUCUUCCCUCACUGGUGGAACUUAUGAAUUCCAAUAAACGUGCCAAGAAGAUGCGUUGGCGCUGAAAGAACUGAUCAUCUUUUUAAAUAGUGCAUGGGGUUACUCUCAUUUGCAUAUGCAGUUCAUUCUAGGUGAGAUAUCAUCCCAGUUGCUUGAAGAGGAAGAGUAGAAGUAAGUUAAAAGAAUAAUGGAAGCCCUCAGGAUAUGGCGGUUCCUUAUGUGACAGAACAACAUUACAUUGUGGUUCACCCAGUUUGCCUGGUGGAAAUAGCUGUAUAUUACAUUGUAUAUCUGAUUCUUUUCUCCAUGAAUAAAAGACUCUUAAUUUGAA